UUUAAGUAGGCGUGGCCUUAAGCAAAGGAGGAAGAUGCCAGCAGUUUAUGUGUAAAGCCUCCCUCUCUUGACGUCUCGUCCUUUCACUCUCUCCCUACAACUGAAGCUAAAGAACAAGAUAAAGAAAAGAGCUACAGAUUGACACAAGUGUGUACUAGUCUAAUGGCUACAGCAAUGAUGAAUACCCCUCCUCAUCCUCCUAGUGGAGGGGGAAGAGGAGGGAGUGGUAGAGGGCACGGGAUCACGAUCGAUGUCUCCCCACCAUCUCCUCAUGACUACAUUCAUUCUUCUCCCCAGCCUCACUCUUCACGGGACAGAGACUACACCAGCGGAAUGAGUCCCGGCAGUGGGGACCUCCCUUCUCCCUUUUUCAAUCAUCCCCAACUUAUCGAGAGCCCCAUACCCGAAGAACCAGGAGAAGAUCAUUUCGGAGACGAUUUCACCGACUUCCCGCGCUACGACUCGCGGGAUAUUGUGUAUGAAGAACCUCAGAGACAGGCAAAGAUUGUAGGGGAAAGAUACCUAAAGGGUGACCUGUUAGGCGUUGGUGCUUAUUCUAAAGUGCGUGAGAUGCUGGACUGUGUCACACUGUGUAGGAGAGCAGUGAAGAUAAUGAAGCAAAGGAGACUAUCGAGAAUACUCAAUGGAGAAGAGAACGUCAGAAGAGAGAUAAAGAUACUUAAGAAACUCAAUCAUCGAAACGUGAUUAAACUAUUGGAUGUCUUCUCUGAUGACAACAAGCAAAAACUCUACAUCGUCUUAGAAUACUGCGUGGGAGGACUACAAGAAAUGCUCGACAAAGCACCAAGAAAUAAAUUCCCAAUCUGGCAGGCACACAAGUAUUUUGUCCAGUUGAUUGAAGGGUUGGAGUAUCUACACAGCUGUGGUAUCGUUCAUAAGGACAUUAAACCGGGCAAUCUUCUAUUAACCACUGACGACGUGGUGAAGAUAUCAGACUUUGGGGUAGCGGAGGAGUUGGAUCGGUUCAGUCAGUCCGACAGGUGCUGUAAUUUCCAAGGUAGUCCCGCCUUUCAGUCACCAGAGAUAGCAUCAGGGCAGGAUAACUGGUCGGGAUUUAAAGCUGAUAUAUGGGCAUCUGGUGUUACCUUGUAUCAUUUCACAACAGGGAAGUUUCCUUUUGAGGGUGAAUCAGUUUAUAAAUUGUUUGCGGUGAUAUCUCAAUGCACUUACACUCUACCACCUGAACUACCUCCCGUACUACAGGACCUUAUUAGAGGAAUGCUCUUGAAAGAUCCUGAUAAGAGAUUGGAUAUAGAACAAAUAAGAAGACACACUUGGUUCAUAUCGAAACACUCAAAACCAUUAAAAGAGGAGCUGGUUCGAUUCCCUCCUUACCAAGACUCAAAAGACAGAUAUCGUGGAAGCACCGUCAUACCUUACCUCGAGUCAUUCUACAACUACGAGGGAGUGGCUGGUCUGGAAGCUACUGGACGCUGGGACUCACAGGACGAGGAGGCAUUGUUUGAUACUCAGGAGAGCAGUACUGGGAUACCAUCGGCUACACAGAGUCUAGCGUCAGUCUCUCAUGAGAGGUCUCUGGAUACUAUAGCUAGUAGGAAGUCAAGAGUACACUCACAGGAGAAUGUUCUUUUUCCUACUUCUAAAAGUGUCGAUGAGUUGGGUGUAACUGCGAUUGGCCCAAUCCCCUCACCGAAACCUCCGAAAAAGAGACGCGGCUCAAAAAGACGUAUCAGCGAACAAUGUACUCAUCAAUGAAUGAUACAAUACAAUAACUAUUGUAAUAGUUUCAUACACUCAGUCACCCAUACCUCUCUUUCUCUCUCUUAUAAGAGUUAUCUUUCUCUAUUUGUAACAUAGUAUUUCUGCUAUAAUACAUAUCUCAUUCACUCUCUCUCU